AUGCAGAAUUCAAGGCCUGCUGAACUUGCAGAAGAAAUUUUGACAACAGAGCUUUUCGACCUGCCAAACGACACUGAUUUCAGAACAAUUGACACCAUCACUAUUGUAAUGAUGGACUUACUUGACAAUGAUAUGCUUACUCAACAAGAAAAAGAUAGACUGGAGAACAACAUGGGCUUGUUUUCUGUGCCUGGGCUUCUAACCUGUCUUCUUCUUCAGGUGGUCUGGAGUCUGCCUGCUCCAGAGACAACUGAAAUAGACCUAGAUGGAGGAAUUGAUCAGGACAUCUUCGACAUAAAUGAAGCUUUAGGACUAGACCUUUUUGAGGGAGACAUCAAACUUCCUGUGAUACAGGAUCGAAACUCCAUCAUUGGUGACAAGUAUCGGUGGCCCCAUGUUAUCCCUUAUGUCCUUGAGGACAGCCUGGAAAUGAAUGCUAAGGGAGUCAUCCUCAAGGCAUUUGAACGGUAUCGACUGAAAACCUGUAUUGACUUCAAGCCUUGGGAAGGGGAGAAGAAUUACAUAUCUGUGUUCAAAGGAAGUGGCUGCUGGUCCUCAGUGGGAAACAUGCAAAUGGGCUUGCAGCAACUCUCCAUUGGAGCCAACUGUGACAGGAUUGGGACAAUCCAGCAUGAGUUCCUGCAUGCCCUGGGAUUCUGGCAUGAGCAGUCUCGGUCUGACCGGGAUGACUAUGUGACCAUUGCCUGGGACAGGAUCCAGUCUGGUAAAGAACAUAAUUUCAAUAAAUACGAUGAUAACAGAUCAGACUUCCUGAAUGUUCCCUACGACUACAAUUCUGUGAUGCACUACAGCAAGACUGCAUUCAGGAAUGGAACUGAUCCCACCAUCAUCACCAACAUACCAGACUUCAUUGAUGUCAUAGGACAGAGAAUGGAUUUCAGUGAGUACGACCUCCAGAAACUGAACCGGCUGUACAACUGCACCUCCUCCCUAAGUUUCAUGGACACAUGCAGUUUUGAACUUGAAAAUAUAUGUGGCAUGAUUCAAAGUUCAGAUGAUAACAGUGACUGGCAGCGUUUGUCUCAGGUUCCUGCUGGGCCAAAUACAGAUCACACCAAUAUGGGAGAAUGCAAAGAUUCUGGCUACUUCAUGCAUUUUGACACCAGUGCUGGAGGAGAAGGAAGCACAGCUGCCCUGGAGAGCCGAAUUCUCUAUCCCAAAAGAGGUUUCCAGUGCUUACAAUUCUAUUUAUAUAACAGUGGUAACGAGAAUGACCGGCUGAAUGUCUGGGUCAGGGAGUACACGUCAGCCAAUCCAAAUGGCACUCUGCGAUUCAUCAAAGAGAUAAAAGGUUCACCUGAGACCUACUGGCAGCUCCAUCAUGUUUCUUUGAAUGUCACCAGUAAAUUCCGGGUUGUGUUUCAAGGCGUGAGAGGAAGUGGCUUAUCAAAUGGAGGCCUCUCUAUUGAUGACAUCAACUUGUCAGAAACUCAGUGUCCCCACCAUGUCUGGCAUAUCAGAAAUUUCACACAUGUCCUCAACACAAGUCCAGCAGGAAAAAAGGGAAUAAUAUACAGUCCACCUUUUUACUCUAGUGAAGGAUAUGCUUUUCAGGUCAGCUUGUAUGUAAAUGGUACCACGGAUAACCCAUUUAAUUUAGGAAUAUACUUGUCCUUGAUUUCUGGAGCAAAUGAUGAUCAUUUGAAAUGGCCCUGUCCAUGGCAACAAGUUACCAUGAACCUUCUUGACCAGCAUCCUGAUAUUCGUCAACAGAUGUCAAACCAAAGAAGCAUAACAACAGACCCUGAGAGGCUUUCAGAAUCCUCAUCAAACUAUACUUGGGAUAGGCCAGAUAAAGUAGGAUCCGAAGCAACUUUUCCCAAUGGAACCAAAUACAUGAGAGGUCCAGGAGUUGGAACAAGUGCAUUUUUAACUCAUGAGAGACUUAGGAGCCACAACUUUAUCAAAGAAGAUGGUGUUUAUAUUCUUUUAACAAUGGAAGAUAUAUCGCACCUCCUGUCAACUCAGCCAAGCACUCCACCCCCUCUUGUUACGACUGCAAGUGCCACCACCACCAAACCCCCCAGUGGCACUGAGACCACCACCACCACCACCACCACCACCACCACAGGCAGCACCAACCAGCCCGGAGAUCCAGAGGUUCCAUCUUUCUGCCCAGACAACCCCUGUGAGAACGAUGGUGUCUGUGUCAUGGUGAACAGAAUGCCCGUGUGCAGAUGUCCAGCAGGUGACAGCUGGUGGUACAUGGGAGAAAAGUGUGAAAGGAAAGGCUCAACUCAAGAAAAUAUUGUAAUAGCUGUUUCUUCAACCAUAACUGUGUUUGUUGUAAUGCUUAUUGUCACCAUCACAACUGCAGUAUGCCUUAAAAAGAAAUACAAACAAGGAAAGGAGAAUAAGGAGAGUGUGACUCUGGAAGAAACUAAAACAUCCUUCUGAAGAUAAUGCAAACAAGCAUCAAAGACACAAGAUGAACAUCACUGCAAAACCAC